AUGACCGCACGGUUUGCACAAAGACUAGGGCUCCAGGUAAAAAAAUGCGAAAUAAACGUUAACGCUAUAGGUGACACAGUGGCCACUACAAAAUUCCUGUUAACCGCUAAAUUUAAAUCACGCAUAAACGAAUACUCCCAAUCAUUAUCCUUUUUAACAGUGGAUAAUAUCGGAGGUUUGCAACCACUAUCACCAGUAGAUACUUCCAAUCUUUGUAUUUCAAAGGGAAUAAAAUUAGCUGAUCCAGAAUACUAUAAACCUCAAGAAGUAGAUAUUCUUAGGUUGGAUUAUUGGAGGAAGCGUAAAGAGGUGGCUACAAAUGUACAGUCAUCAUCCGAGGAAAUAGCCUGCGAAGAACAUUAUUCUCGUACCUACACUCGUGACAAAAAUGGGCGUUAUGUUUUAGCGUUACUAUUCAAAGAAAAUACUUUACCAUCGGGCGAUUCUCGGCCAGUAGCUGAAAGGCGUCUACAAGGGAUCAUCCGUAAAAUGAGACGAGAUCCCGACUUCAAGAAACAAUACACUGCGGUCAUGCAAGAAUAUAUCGACCGUGGAUAUAUGACCAAAGUCCAAGUCCCAGUUGAAACUAGUGACGGUUUUUUCUUACCCUAUCAUGCUGUCAUCAAAGAAACGAGUACUACUACCAAAGUACGAAUUGUAUUCGAUGGAUCAGCAAAGAGCACUUCAGGUAUAUCCCUCAACGAGCAGUUAAUGACGGGUCCCAUUUUACAGGACAGCUUAUUCACGACCCUUAUUCGUUUCCGAGCAUACAAAUACGUUCUCACUGGAGAUAUCGAGAAAAUGUAUUUACAGUUCCUCAUCCGUCCAGAAGAUCAAAAAUAUUUACGCGUGUUAUGGGUCAACGAAGAUGGAGAAAUUGGAGUGUACGAAUUUAAUGUUGUUAUUUUUGGAAUAACAUCAUCUUCUUUCCAGGCAAUACGUAGCCUUCAGCAACUUGCUCAUGAUGAAGGCGUCAAGUUCUCAUUAGGUGCAAAGGCUCUGCUCCAAGGAAUGUACGUUGAUAAUUGUCUGACAGGAUCUGACUCUAUUGAAGAGGCUUUAAAGAUCCGAGAUGAAAUACGUGAGUUGCUUCCCCUCGGCGGGCUGAAUAUGAGACAAUGGGCAUCAAAUGAGCCAAAAUUACUUGAAGGACUUUCAGAUGAAGAUAUUAAGCAAAAAUUAUCUAUCGAGGACAAUAGUAUAAAAACAUUAGGUUUACAAUGGGAUGCCUCGAAGGAUGUCAUCGAGUAUAAGAUAAGAGAGCCGAUUCUCUCAGAUAAAGUUACUAAAAGAACAAUUUUAUCUAGCAUCGCAAAAAUAUUUGAUCCUCUAGGUCUUCUAAGCCCGAUAAUUGUUAAAGCAAAGAUCAUUAUGCAGCAAUUAUGGGACGAUAAGGUUGCCUGGGACGAGUCUGUUCCUCAAGAAACCUAUACGAAGUGGCAGAUUUAUUGUAAAGAAUUACCUUUACUCAAUAGCAUACACUUUGAAAGGUUAAGUGUACUGACCGAUUCAAGAGACUCAACUGCAUGGAUUUUGUGA